AGUCUCUCUCGCUCUCGGUCUUUUUUCUGUUCUCGAUCUUCUACUCUUCUCUUCGUUUUCCAUUCAUCGAAUUUCUAGAAUUUCUGAGACACCCAUUUCAGAAUUCUCAUAUCUGAUCUGUUUUAAUUUGGUUUUUGUUGAAAUUUUCUGAGACACCGAUGAGGAUUCGAAGCUCUUCAAUGUACUCUGCCUCAGCUUUAGUUUCUUCUCCUGCCUUCAAUUCGUCUUCUUCUUCGUCGUCUUCUUCUUCUCAACCAUCUUCUCAUUCAUCAAUCUUUACUGUUACUUCAUCUGAAAAUUCAACCUCUUCAUCUCCAUCGAAUUCUUCUUCUCCUUCUUUAACCAAUACCAUGACCCGCUGCGAAGGUCUCGAUCUACUGGUGAUGGCUGUUCACUAUUUGGCAGGAUCGAUAGUGGGUGUACCAUUUGCUCGGAGGAGAGUAAUCAGAAGAAGAAAGCGAGCUCUGAGAUUCAACAAUCUGAUCAUAACUGGGAUUUUCAGAAAAGAAGAAGAAGAAAGAGAGAGCAAAAAAGAGGAAGAAGCUGGCCUGAACUCGAAACCCAAGAGACAAAAGAGAGAAAUGGCAUUGCCUUCUAAGUACCAAGAUUCAGUUCUACAGCCAUGGAAGAGGCAAAGCCGUCGCCGGCAAUCGAUCAAGAUCGGCGACGGAUCAGGGUUCAAUUGAGUCCAUAUGAAAGGAAACUUCGAUGCUGAAAAUGCUAAACAAAACACAUUUGGACCAAUGCACUGCUUCAUUCGCGAUGUGCUCAUGAUGUGCACAAUAAUGCUUUACUUUUCCCCCAAAACUCUUAAGAGGAUCUACAUUGCUGCUAAACAUAUCCCCUUUCUUCCAUCUUUAUAACUUACCCUGCCUUAUGCUUGUUUGAAA